CAAUUUAAUUUUGGGGGUUGAACAAUGCUAUCAUCGCCUGUGCUGAGGUGCAGAGCGGCUUCGGUGAGGAUGCUCUUCUCUUGUUCCUCACACCUCUGCCCUAACCCUAACCCCAGCCUCCACCGCACCAUGAAAGCCGCCACCGAAGCUUCCAGAACUCCACACCUCUCCCUCUUUUCCAACCCCAUGGUCCCCAAUUCCAAUUCCAGUUCCCAGGCUUUUCCCCAGAGCAUCACUCUCUCUAAAUGCUUCUCUGUGACCCCCGCUUCUCCCGUUGUAGCUUCAGAAGAUUCAGAGGUCCAGUCAAGGGACUCCCUCGUGGUGGUCUCCUUCUAUAAGUUCGCCGAUUUUCACGACCACGCGGAUUUGCGAAAGCCUUUGAAGGCCCUCUGUGAGGAACUGCGUGUUUCAGGUGGUAUUAUUCUUGCACCAGAAGGAAUCAACGGCAGCAUAUGUGGGACGAGGGAAUCAGUGGAAAGAGUUCUUGAAUUCGUUCAAACAGAUGACCGCCUAAAAGGGCUAAGGCAGAUUGAGUCACCUGUGAGUCCUGAGGAAGAAGCAAUCCAUCAUGGACACAGUAACAGUUCUCCUCUUGCAGCAGGGGAAGAUGCACCCUUCCGGUGGGAUCAUGUCAGGGUCAAGUUGAAGAAAGAGAUUGUUUCUCUUGGAAUGCCUACUGUGUCACCUACCGAAAGAGUUGGGAAGUAUGUAAGCCCAAGGGAUUGGAAUGCAUUGAUUAGUGAUCCAGAUGUGGUGGUGAUUGAUGUGCGCAAUGACUAUGAAACUAGAAUUGGGAGGUUCAAAGGGGCAGUUGAUCCAUAUACCACAGCAUUCCAGGAAUUCCCAUCUUGGGUGGAGGAUCAGUUCCAACUUGCUGAACCAGAUGGCCAGCAUUCUCAGGUGGAGGCAAAUGAUUCAAAUGGAAGCCCUAAGAAACAAGCAGAGGUUCAAGGAGAGAAAAUGCCACCACGGGUUGCCAUGUACUGCACAGGUGGGAUACGGUGUGAGAAAGCUUCAAGUUUUCUCCUUAGCAAAGGUUUCAAAGAGGUUUAUCAUUUGGAAGGUGGGAUUCUGAAAUACCUAGAGGAAGUUCCAGAGACCGAAAGCCUUUGGGAGGGCGAGUGCUUUGUGUUCGACAAGCGGGUCUCUGUCGACCAUGGCUUAGCUCAGGGAACUUUCAAGCUUUGCUAUGGGUGCAAGAAACCAGUGAGCGAUGCCGACAUGGAAGCCCCCGAGUGGGAGUAUGGAGUCUCUUGUCCAUACUGUUACUCAUCAAAAUCUAAUGAAGAGAAAGAGAGGGCCAGAGCUCGACAAAGGCAAUUUGAGACAUGGGGCAUCAUCGGCGGUCCGGACAAAGGCCGCGGGCCAACGGUAAAGAAGGAUGACAGUGAGAGGUGUGAGAACCAGCUCUCAAAUUCAGUUUAGCUAAUCUGCAAGAUGAGUUGAGGGAGAUGAUAGUAUAGGAAAGAUAAAACUCAAUACCAAUGUAUUUUUCCCAAGUUUUCUUGAUUCUCUCUCAAAGGCCUUGUUGUCUGAUUUGAGAUUCUAGACAUUUUGUAAAAGGUAUGACAUUGGGUCCAAAAUCAUUAAUUAUCAGA